UUUUAUCAUUAAGGAUGUGUAUGAUAAAAAUUGAUAAGAAUUAAUAAGAAGAUAAGGGCUUUCUAAGUUCAACACAAAAUAACUUUUUCAUAAUACUGAUAUAAUAUUAUAUAUUAUUAUUAUUAUUAUAGUAGUAGUAGUGGUAGUAGUAGUAAUAAUAAUAAUAAUAAUAAUGAUAUAAAAUAGAUUAAUCAUGUAGGGGAAAGUACAAAAAAUAAUAUCACUGAGAUUCUAUCUCAUAGAUAAUGUGGAAACAAACACAUGUUUUAAUUUUUAUUACAGUAAUUUAUGAUAUAUAAGUAUAUUUACUAAUUAUUAUUUUUUACAAAAUCUUAUUUUUUGUCACGAAUUUGUAUUAGUUAUUAUGUGUCGAAUACGUUCAUUAUUCUUUAUAUAUUUAGAUCGUAAAAAAAAUGUAUAUCAGUAUUCGUAUCGUAUAUGAUACAUAACAUUACUGCGAAAUACGUAUCAUUAUUAGAAAAAGAUAUAAACAUGCGAAUUCAACCUAGUAAACUAUUAUUUAUUCAGUCUAGUAUCUAUUGUAAACUAACCCUGUUGUUAUGUUACUCGGGGAAAGAUAUAACCUACACAAAUUUAUUCAUACGUCGUGGACGCAUGGUGGCGACAGUAUUCCCCUGUUGCGCUUGAGAUCAAAUUUUAUCUGCAUUUGUCACUGAAGUUAGACGCACUUCAAAGGAAAGGUUAUUCUGAUUGAGAGAUCGUUCUGCAUGGACAUACCGUAAAUUGACUUUGAUCAGACGUAAUACAGUGAUCACAAAGAAAUUUUAUAAAAUAAAAAGAAAAUAGUGACCUUAACAAAACCUUCAGAAAUCAUGGUUCUAGAAGAUUAUAAAGAUAUUAUUGGUACAUGCGCUGCAAUUACAACAAUAGGACAUAUGCUAUCAGGAACUGUAAUAUGCAAGGAUAUUCACAAAAAGAGAACCUCGGAGGGCUUCGAUCCUAUGCCCUUUUUAGGUGGUGUAGGAAUGUCUAUAUUAAUGCUUCGCUAUGCCUGGAUGCUUGGCGAUCCUACCAUGAUUAAAGUUAAUGUUUUUGGAUUAAUAGCAAACACUGUAUAUAUGGCUGUGUAUUGCUAUUAUUCUCCACAUAUGAAAGAUACGCUUGCUUUAAUAAGUAAAGCAGUGAUUUUUGUAGCAGUAUUUCUCGCGUAUACUCAAGUGGAGCAUCCUGACAAAGUUGAAUACAGAUAUGGUAUAAUUACAACUAUGCUACUUCUAUUUUUAAUAGCAUCUCCUCUUAUACAUCUUAGAAAGAUUAUAGAGACCAAAGAUACAUCAAUUCUUCCAUUUCCACUUAUUGUUAUGGGUACGGCAGUAUCAUUUCAAUGGUUGUUAUAUGGACUUAUUAUAAAUAAUGUUUUUGUGAUUUUUCAGAACUCUGUUGGUUUUGUUCUAUCAUUGGCUCAAUUGUCAUUGUUUAUUAUUUUUCCUUCAAAAUCUUCAAAAACUCCAGUGCCAAAUGUAGAGAAAAAAAAGGAUUAAUAGCAUUAUUACAAUAGUUUUUAAAAUAACAUAACACAUGUGUUACGUUAUGUACAGAAAUAGAAAUAUAAAUAUUUAAAUGUAACAGCUCAAAAGUAUAAAGAAAAUUACAAUAAAAUAUCCUAUACGAAA